CUGGCUGCCGGCUGCUGCCACCGCAAUCCCGGCUCCUAAAUCAGCGCGGGGAGGCGCCCCUUCCCCCACCCGGCUCCUCGGGCUCCCCGGGCCGCGAUUGGCCGCGCGUGCGCCCCCCAAGCUUGGGCCCCGGCUCCAGCUGCCGCGCCAUUGGCUGCGGGCCUCCGCCAGCCUUUACAUAAGCCCGGGCGCGCUCGAGUGGAGUUGUAUAAAGCGAGCGCGCGGCGUCGGGGCGGGAGGCUCGAGGCCAGCCCGGGACCAGGGCUGGGCGCUGCAAGGCGGCGGCGCCGGCGGCAGAGGCAGCAUCGAGCGCCCGCGCUCCGACGCCCCCAAGCGGUGGGGCUGAGAGAGCCAGAGGAUGGCUCCGAGCGCUGACCCGGGCAUGGUCAGGAUGGCUUUGCUCCUGCUGCCGCCCCUGUGGCUUCUGCCUCUCACUGGGGGAUCCCAGAGGGCUGAGCCCAUGUUCACUGCAGUCACCAACUCAGUCCUGCCCCCUGACUAUGACAGCAACCCCACCCAGCUCAACUAUGGAGUGGCAGUGACGGAUGUGGACCACGAUGGGGACUUCGAGAUCGUUGUGGCGGGGUACACCGGCCCCAACCUGGUUCUGAAGUACAAUCGAGCCCAGAAUCGGCUGGUGAAUAUUGCGGUGGACGAGCGCAGCUCACCCUACUAUGCUCUGAGGGACCGGCAGGGGAACGCCAUCGGGGUCACAGCCUGUGACAUCGAUGGGGACGGCCGUGAGGAGAUCUACUUUCUCAACACCAAUAACGCCUUCUCAGGUGUGGCCACAUACACAGACAAGUUGUUCAAAUUCCGAAAUAACCGGUGGGAAGACAUCCUGAGUGAUGACGUCAAUGUGGCCCGUGGAGUGGCCAGCCUCUUUGCGGGACGCUCCGUGGCCUGUGUAGACAGGACGGGCUCCGGAAGAUACUCUAUCUACAUAGCCAACUAUGCCUAUGGUGAUGUGGGGCCUGAUGCCCUCAUCGAAAUGGACCCUGAGGCCAGUGACCUGUCCCGGGGGAUCCUGGCACUCAGGGACGUGGCAGCUGAGGCUGGGGUCAGCAAGUACACAGCGGGUCGGGGUGUCAGCGUAGGCCCCAUUCUCAGCAGCAGUGCCUCAGAUAUCUUCUGUGACAACGAGAACGGGCCCAACUUCCUCUUCCACAACCAAGGCAACGGUACCUUUGUGGAUGCUGCGGCCAGUGCCGGCGUAGACGACCCUCAUCAGCAUGGCCGAGGUGUGGCCCUAGCAGAUUUCAACCGUGACGGCAAAGUAGACAUCGUCUACGGCAACUGGAACGGCCCACAUCGCCUCUAUCUACAGAUGAGUGCUCACGGGAAGGUCCGGUUUCGGGACAUUGCUUCGCCCAAGUUCUCCACGCCCUCCCCUGUCCGGACUGUCAUUGCUGCCGACUUCGACAAUGACCAGGAACUGGAAGUCUUCUUCAACAACAUUGCCUACAGAAGCUCCUCAGCCAAUCGCCUCUUCCGUGUCAUACGCAGGGAGCACGGGGACCCUCUCAUCGAGGAGCUCAAUCCUGGUGACGCCCUAGAGCCUGAGGGCCGGGGUACAGGGGGCGUAGUGACCGACUUCGAUGGCGAUGGGAUGCUGGAUCUCAUCUUGUCACAUGGAGAGUCCAUGGCUCAGCCACUGUCUGUCUUCCGGGGAAAUCAGGGCUUCAGCAACAACUGGUUGCGUGUGGUACCUCGCACCCGGUUCGGGGCCUUUGCCAGGGGCGCCAAGGUUGUACUCUACACCAAGAAGAGUGGGGCGCACCUACGGAUCAUUGAUGGGGGUUCUGGCUACCUGUGUGAAAUGGAGCCUGUGGCACAUUUUGGCCUGGGACGGGAUGAAGCCAGCAGUGUGGAGGUGACGUGGCCAGAUGGCAAGAUGGUGAGCCGAAGUGUGGCUAGCGAGGAGAUGAACUCGGUGUUGGAGAUCCUCUACCCCCAGGAUGAGGACAAACUUCAGAACACAGCCCCACUAGAGUGCGGCCAAGGAUUCUCCCAGCAGGACAAUGGCCAUUGCAUGGACACCAAUGAAUGCAUCCAGUUCCCAUUUGUGUGCCCUCGAGACAAACCCGUAUGUGUCAACACCUAUGGAAGCUACAGGUGUCGGACCAAUAAAAGAUGCAAUCGGGGCUAUGAACCCAAUGAAGACGGUACAGCCUGUGUGGCUCAAGUGGCCUUUUUAGGUGGGUACUCAUCGGCUGCCUUUAGACUCUCUGAGCCUCUCUCUCAGGCCUCGUAUCUUUCUCUAGGCCUGGGACUUUGCCUUCAGUUAUAUGCACUUUAAAUCCCAUCAAUAAAGGAAAAAAAAAAUCUAACAACCUUUGUGGAAAACUA